CCGUGCCCCCCGCCAGCCCCGCAGCCGGUACCGCAGGAGAGUCCGCAGCACCGCGGUGGAUGAGAUGCUGUCUAGGGAGAGCCGGAGCCUGCAGCAGUCACGGUUCAGCAGCCCCAUCACGAUCCUUCGGGAUGUGCAGACAGCAAAAGUAUCUCCCGCAGGUGGGCACAAGCCCAAGACCACCCGUGUCAUCACCAAGGACUUCAUCCGUGACCUCGUCAUCCCUGCAGAGAAGCCAGCAGCAGCUCUCAUUAUGGGUCGGGAGGAUUUCCAGCGCAUCAAAGAAGCAGCUCAAGUCCUGACCAAGGAGGAACGUGAGGCCAAGCUGGCAGCCCUCAAAGCACAGAAGGAAGUCACUCUUGAGGCCGUGAGCGAGCGCAGGAAUGCAGCCAAGCAAAAGGCCCUGGAGCAGCAGCAGAGGGGGAAGCUGAGCCAGCUGGAGGAGGAGGCGCAGGAGCAAGCAGAGGCCCUGCUGCAGCGGGCCAGGAGGAUGCGCUUGGAGCAGGAGGAGGAGAUGAAGGAGUUCAGAGAGCUCAUCCUGGGCGCCAAGUGCCACGUGAUCCGUGAUGCCCAGAUCCUGGAGAAGCGGCUCAUCGCAAAAGAGCUGCAGGAAGAGGAGAAUCGCCUGGCCAGGAUGAUGGAGCUGGAGAGGAAAAGGGCUGAGGAGAAGCAGGAGGAGCUGGAGUGCAGGAGGAAGCAGGAGCUGAUCAGAGGGAGACAGGAGCUCCUGAGGCAGAUGGAGCAGAACGAGGAGGAGCGUGCUCUGAGAGCUGUGCAACAGGACCAGGAGGCUCAGGAGCUGCGGGAGCACCUGGAGCAGCUGAAGAUGGAGGAGCAGAAGGACUUGGAGCGGAGACGGGAGCAACAGAAGAAAACCCAAGCUGAGAUUAAACGCAUCAAUGACGAGAACCAGAGGCGCAGGGAGGAGCAACAGGAGCAGGAGAGGCUGGCAGAGCAGCAGGUGCUGGAGUACCAGCGGCAGAAAAUGGAGCAGGAGGCCAAGCUGGAAGCCGAGCAGGAGAGAAUCCGUCGGGAGAAGGAGAUGGAGGUUGCACGCUUGAGAGCCACGCAGGAGAGGGCCCGGGACCAGCGGGCAGAGCAGGACGCGCUGAGGGCCAAGCGCAGCCAGGAGGCCGCCGAGCGCGAGUGGCGGCGCAAGGAGCGGGAGGCGGCGCGGAGAGAGGCCGAGCGGCAGCGGGAGCUGGAGCGGAGCCGCCGCGAGCAGAUGGCGCAGCGCGAGCACGAGGCGGCCGUGCAGCUGCAGCGGGACCGGCAGGACUUCCAGAGGAGCCUCAGGGCCCUGCAGGAGCAGCUGCAGAAGGAGGAGGCCGAGGCGGCACGGAGGGCAGAGCAGCGGCUCGCCCACGCCAGCGCCGUCCGGCGCCAGAUGCAGGAGCGGCAGCAGCGGCUGGCGCGGGAGCGGGCGGCCGCCUUCGAGGAGAGCCGGCGGCUGCAGGAGGAGGCCCAGCAGCGCAGCCUGGGCAUCGCCCAACUCAAGCAGCAGCUGCUGCAGGAGCUCAGAGCCUCUGGCAUCCCUGAGAAGUUUUGUGCCCAGCUGGAGCGGAGGGCCCGGAGCUGAGCAAGGGCAGCCCUUGGCCAGGGCCCACCAGGAGCAGAGCUUUACCCAUG